UAAGGACAGACAUAGGUGUCUGCGUGAUUCAACUCAAGACAAUGCAGUUCAAGAAUCUUGGUAAAGAUGAUUUCACGACCACCCACUAUUAUCCAUACAGAAGUUUCUAUACUGCAGUGAGUGACUUGUCAGUAUGCAAAAGAAGAGUUUGUUGCAUCUCCAAACCUCUAGCGAAUGAUGGCAGCAGUACUUCAAGGGGAGUAGGAGUGGUAGGAGGCAAUGCCACAGCUACCUCUAGUGGAACUGUACUGAAAGGAGGAGCGUUUGACAAGUCAAAGCACGGAGCUAAAGUAAUGGAUGCGGAUCUUGUGCCUAGCCGGGUUCUAACACAAACUCGAGUCGACGUGAUAUUCAAGAAAGAGAUGGAGACAAGAUCAAAACUUAGCAAAGCUUGGGCAAAAUGGUUUCGCAGCAAUGGCAUUCCUGAAAGUAAGGCUGACUGCCCACACUUCCGCAGUGCUAUGAAGUUGACACAGCAGCUAGGUACCCGCUUGCCUGUUCCUACAGGUGACGAACUAGGUGGCGUAAAUCUGGAUGCCAAUGAGGAAGAACUUCCAUAAGUACAUGCGAAUGUGAACUACUUGCCAUGGACUGAUGACUCCUGCUUUUGUAAUCAGGUGUAGGGUUAGUUAAGUACUACCUGAUGAACUGUACCGAGUUCUUCCGAACCCUGUACUUAUGAUUUUAGGAACUUUGAUCUAGUGAUGUUGAGUUGCUGAGCUGGUGA